AUGUCAAAUCGACUUCCUGCUGCAGUUGUAGACAAUGGAACAGGCUAUUCUAAAAUCGGUUAUGCUGGGAAUACGCAACCACAAUGCAUAAUCCCAUCAUGCAUUGCUGUAAAGGAGUAUGGAAAAAUUGGUAAUCGUGAAGCACGACGUCUUGGCACUGGGCUCGAUGAUCUUAACUUCUUUAUUGGCGAUGAAGCCAUCGCCGCCGAGGGUAAAAAUGACUUUUCUUUAAAGUGGCCCAUCCGACAUGGUAUUAUCGAGGACUGGGAUCUCAUGCAGCGAUAUAUGGAGCAGGUUAUUUUUGGAGUGUUACGCGCUGAACCUGAGGAUCAUUACUUCCUAAUGACUGAACCUCCACUGAAUACGCCCGAGAAUCGAGAGUAUCUGGCGGAGAUUAUGUUUGAGACUUUCAACAUUCCUGGUCUUUACAUCGCUGUGCAGGCAAUGCUGGCUCUUGUAGCCUCUUGGGGAGUAAAGAAAGCCGGAGAGCGAUCCCUUACGGGGACAGUUAUUGACUCUGGUGAUGGUGUUACGCACAUUAUGCCCGUCGUUGACGGAUAUGUGGUCGGCUCGUGCAUUAAACACAUUCCAAUUGCUGGCAGAGAUAUAACCGCGUUCAUUCAACAACUUCUGCGUGAACGGGAACCGGGGAUUCCACCGGAUCUAUCCAUGGAGGUAGCAAGGAAGGUUAAGGAGAGCUAUUGCUAUGUCUGUUCGGAUAUGGCCAAGGAAUUCCAGAAAUACGACGCCGAACCUCAGAAGUGGCUCAUGGUUAAAGAUGUUGUCGAACAUCCAAAACACCCCCCCAUUACCUUUGACGUUGGGUAUGAGCGCUUCCUCGCUCCUGAGAUUUUCUUCCAUCCUGAAUUUGUUAACCGGGACUAUACUGAGUCCAUCAGUUCUGUUGUUGAUGGGGUGAUCCAAAACUCUCCAAUCGAUGCUCGACGUGGUCUCUAUGCCAACAUAGUCCUUUCUGGAGGCAGUUCUAUGUUCAAGUAUCUGGGUCGUCGUAUUCAACGAGACAUUCAAGGUAUCGUGGAUGCAAGACUGGAAAUGGCGGAGAAGCUAAGUGGCGGAAGGAUGAAGCCUACCCCAAUAGAGGUAAACGUCAUUUCGCACAAAAUGCAACGCUACGCCGUGUGGUUUGGCGGAUCGGUUCUUGCUAGCACUUCGGAAUUCUAUACAGCUUGUCACACGCGCGCCCAAUACGAAGAAUACGGACCGUCCAUCUGCCGCCACAAUCCAAUGUUUGCCUCGUUGAUCUAG